AUUUUUUAAAAGCAUUAGUUCCGGGAGUCAUGACCCGAGCCCUUGCUCCGUACUUCCGGUGGAGUUGAAGCCGCGAGGUGGUGGCGCCGGCUCCGUGGAGUGAGGUGGGGGAAGAUGAGGAAAGUCUGUAAAUGGAAAGAGAGCAAACCUACCUUCAAGAGUAGGUAAUUGGCAGCAAUGGAUGAACAAGCACUUUUGGGUUUGAACCCAAAUGCAGAUGCCAGUUUCAGACAGAGGGCAUUGGCAUAUUUUGAACAGCUGAAGGUCUCUCAGAAUGGAUGGCAAGUGUGUGCUGAAGCUUUAGCACGGGGGGUAUACAGUGAUGACCAUGUAAAGUUUUUUUGUAUUCAAGUAUUGGAACAUCAAAUUAAAUUCAGGUAUGCUACUCUGACUGGGGCACAACAUCAACUUAUUAGACAGACCAUGAUGACUUGGCUUCAGGCUCAAACAGUGAGUCCACACCCAGAGAAGACUUUUAUCCGCAACAAAGCGGCUCAGGUCUUUGCUAUGCUUUUUCUAGCGGAGUAUCUUACCGAGUGGCCCAAGUUCUUCUUUGACAUUCUCUCAGUUGUUGGCCUUAAUCCACGAGGAGUUGAUCUCUAUUUGCGAAUCCUUAUGGCUAUUGAUGCAGAAGUAGUAGAUCGGGACAUUGCUCACACAGCAGAGGUAAGAACGGAGUGUAGACGAAAUACUUUAAUAAAGGAUGCAAUGAGGGAACAAUGUAUACCAAAUCUUGUGGAAUCCUGGUACCAGAUCCUGCACACCUAUCAGGAAACCAACUCUGAACUAACAUGCCAGUGCCUUGAGGUUGUUGGAGCUUUUGUAUCCUGGAUUGACUUGAAUCUGAUAGCAAAUGACAGGUUUGUGAAUUUGUUGCUCAGUCACAUGUCAGUGGAAGUCCUCCGUGAGGAAGCCUGUGACUGUCUGUUUGAAAUAGUAAAUAAAGGCAUGGAUCCUAUUGAUAAGACUAAACUUGUAGAAUCGCUUUGUCAGGUGCUCCUGGCUUCUGGCUUCUUCAACACUGAGCAGGAAGAUGAUGUUGACUUCCUGGCAAGGUUUUCCAAGCUGGUUAAUGGGAUGGGCCAGGCUUUGAUAACAAGUUGGAGUAAGCUUGUAAAAGCAGGGGAUGUGAAGAACAGCCAAGUGACUCUUCAGGCUGUGGAGGCAAAAGUGCCUCUUCUGCUUAAGCUGCUUGUGCAUGAAGAUGAUGAUAUUUCUUCUAAUAUAAUCGGUUUCUGCUAUGACUACCUUCAUAUGCUCAAACAACUUCCUGCACUGACUGAACAGCAAAAGGCUAAUAUUGAGGCAAUUAUGCAUGCAGUUAUAAAGAAAUUAACUUAUGAUGAAGAAUUCAAUUUUGAAAAUGAGGGUGAAGAUGAAGCCAUGUUCCUUGAAUACAGAAAACAUUUGAAGUUGCUGUUGGACAGAUUGGCACAAGUUUCACCUGAGUUACUUUUAGCUGCUGUCCAAAGGGUCUUCAACGCAACGCUGGAGAACUGGCAAAAUACAAGGUUCAUGGAAGUGGAAGUGGCUCUGAGGCUGCUAUUCAUGUUGGGAGAGGCAAUCCCAGCGUCCCAUGGUGCACAUUUCUCUGGAGACAGUGCAAAAGCCAGUGUCUUGCAGGAGAUGAUGCACACAUUGGUGACAUCUGGAGUGAGUCAGUACCAGCAUACAUCGGUUACUUUGGAGUUUUUUGAAAUAGUAGUUCGCUAUGAGAAGUUUUUUGCUGUAGAACCACAGCACAUUCCUACUGUUCUGAUGGCGUUUUUAGAUCAUAGAGGACUACGUAAUAGUAGCCCUAAGGUGCGAAGUAGAACAGCAUACCUGCUCUCAAGAUUUAUUAAGUCUUUAAGUAAACAUAUGAAUCUGUACAUAGAAGAUAUUUUGAACAGAAUACAGGAUCUACUGGUCCUCUCUCCUUCAGAGAACGGUUUCCAGACUCUCUUAAGCAGCGACGAUCAGCUGUUUAUUUAUGAAACAGCCGGGGUAUUAAUUGUGAAUAGUGAAUACCCAGCAGAGAGGAAACAGGCUUUGAUGAGGGACUUGCUCACACCACUAAUGGAGAAAUUCAAAGUGUUUUUGGAGAAACUUCUAACGGAGCAGGAUGGGGAGAGGCAAGCUGCAUUGGCAGACUGCUUAAACCACGCAGUGGGUUUUGCAAGCCGGACCAGUAAGGCCUUCAGCAACAAGCAGACAGUGAAGCAGUGUGGCUGCUCUGAAGUGUACAGAGACUGCCUGCAAACAUUCCUGCCAGCUCUAAGUUGCGCCUUGCAGAAGGAAAUUCUGCGAAGUGGUGUUCGGACGUUUCUUCACAGAAUGAUCAUUUGCUUAGAGGAAGAAGUUCUUCCAUUCAUUCCUACUGCCUCAGAGCACAUGCUUAAGGACUGUGAGGCAAAGGACCUACAGGAAUUUAUUCCUCUUAUUAAUCAAAUCACAGCAAAAUUUAAGACACAGAUUUCACCAUUUUUGCAACAAAUAUUUAUGCCUUUGGUUCAAGCUAUAUUUGAAGUAUUAUCACGGCCGGCAGAAGAAAAUGACCAAACUGCUGCGCUUGAAAACCAGAUGCUCCGCAGAAGUUAUUUUGCAUUUCUACAAACUGUUACAGGAAGUGGAAUGAGUGAGGUCAUUGCCAAUCAAGGUGUACAGAAUGUCGAACAUGUCCUGUUUACAGUCAUUCAAGGAGCAGUAGAAUUUCCAGAUCCAAUUGCUCAAAAAACUUGUUUUAUCAUACUUUCGAAACUGGUUGAACUUUGGGGGGGUAAAGAUGGCCUCCUAGGAUUCGAAGACUUCAUCUACAAGCAUAUUGUCCCAGCUUGCUUCCUGGCACCACUUAAACCAACCUUUGAUUUAGCUGACGCUCAAACAGUCUUGGCUUUAUCAGAAUGUGCGGUAACAUUGAAAACUAUUCAUCUCAAAAGGGGACCUGAAUUCAUCCAGUAUCUUCAGCAAGAAUACCUGCAGUCAUUGCAGGUAGCCCCAGAAAUAAUACAAGAAUUCUGUCAGGCGCUUCAGCAAGCUGAUGGAAAAAUCUUUAAAAAUUAUCUAAAGGUAUUCUUUCAGCGAGCAAAACCUUGAGAAUGAACCUAAAGACCUGUUCUUCCUGGCAUUUCAAGAAUCUACAUUUUAGUUUCAUUUUAUGCAGAUUGCCUUUGCCUUUGGUAAGGUUGAAAAACCUUGAACAGCUCCCAAAGAGGCUUUCUGUAUUUUUGUGUAGGUUGCCUAUUUUAGCUCAUUUUUAUUUAAGUUACAUUGAAGUAAUUUGUUAAUUGAUUACUUUUAUUUUGUCUUAUUAGACUGUUUAUUGAGGAGGUGUCAGCACUCAUUACUGUAUAAUAAAUUUUGAAUUAUGUGCUGUGAUAUGAAUACAGCAUUUAAAUGCCAUUUUAUCUUAACCUUUUUGGAGAAAAGUAUUCAAAUGAGCAGAGUUCACUGUAAAAUAUGGAAUUUUUCUUGUUAAUAGUGGUUGGCCAUCACAUUAUAUGUAAAUUUUUAUGGCUUGAUGAAAGAACAUUGUCCUAGAUGUCUAAUAAGCUAAACAUGAAUUUCAGUCCCAGGCAUAUAAUGAACUAAAAUAAAUUUCAGUCAGAUGUCUU